UAUCUUUCUUUUAAAAUUGUCAUUCGUAGUAAAAACAACACGUGUGUACGUAAUUAAAAAAUCUGUUGAAUUUUAAUAAAAUUCAGCAAAAAUGCGUAUAGAAACGUGUUACUUUUGCUCAAGCAAAGUUUACCCGGGGCACGGGAUACAAUUUGUGCGUAAUGACUGCAAGAUUUUUAGAUUCUGUCGCAGCAAAUGUCACAGAGCAUUCAAACGGAAGAAGAACCCACGUAAGGUGCGCUGGACUAAAGCUCAUCGCAAGGCAGCUGGCAAAGAGCUUGCCAUCGACCCCAGCUUUGAAUUCGAGAAGCGUCGCAAUGUUCCAGUGAAAUACAGUCGAGAGGCAUGGCAGAAAACGCUGGAUGCCAUUAAGAAGGUUACUGAGAUUAAGGAACGUCGCCAAGAUCACUUUGUCAUGCAGCGUUUGCGCAAGGGCCGAGAAGUGGAAAUCCAGAUGGAUGUGAAAAACGUACAGCGCAAUAUUUCGCUUAUACGUUCACCAGCUGCCGGUCUAAAAGAACGUCGCGCGCGAGAAGAAGCACAGGAAGCGGCACUUAUGGAGGAGGACCUGCCCGAAGAAGAAAUCACCUAUGUGGAUGCGCGCGAAUUAGAAAAGAAACUGGAAGAAGGCGCAACAAUGGAAGACAUUGAAAUGAUGAAAGCUUAGAUUAGGGGCAAUAAGUGCUGCGGGGGUUAGCUAUAAGUAACACUAUCUUUGGAUUUGAACCUGUAUGUUUCUAUUAAUUUAUAAAAAAAAAAACCUGUGACACAAACAUUUAA